UGGGUGGAGUGAGGGAUGUAUUUAAGACGUUGUCCUCCUCAUCCUCCUCAUCAGUCGCUUUUGCCUUCUCUCUCUGCAACUGACAAGCACGCCACCACUCGUCCUCCACUCAGAAUGUCUUUGCCCAACUUAGAGAAUGCCUCCACCCUGGAGAGCGCCAUGCAGCUCAUGAUCCAGACCUUCCACAAGUACUCUGGAAACGAGGGCGACAAAUACACACUGAGCAGGGCUGAGCUCAAGGAGAUGCUUACCACAGAGCUCGGCAACUACCUGGGGAAUGCUCAGGAUAAGGAGGCAGUGGAUAAGGUGAUGGGAGACCUGGAUUCCAACAAUGACGGAGAGGUAGAUUUCACCGAGUUCAUUAUACUGGUCGGAGCUCUUACUGUGGCCUGUAACGACUUCUUUCUGGAGUACAACGACAAGCCAGAGAAGAAAUAGUGAGCGCUCUCUCAGCACAAAGACAUCCACUCUGCAAACCCACACACGCUCCAGGGAGGAAACAGUUAAGACAGGAGAGAAGACCUGUGAGGGACAUCCUGUUACGGACUUCACGUGCACAAAUACACAUACACAAUUCUAAUUGUCACUUGAGCAGUAAAUGUUUGGUGUUUGUGUAUUCGUCCGCAAUGUCCAAUCAAUCCACUACAAACUGUAUUUAUUGCUAUGUAAAAAUAUGGAGAGUUUAAAUCAGUUUCAACGCCUGUCAUUCAUUGUUGAAUAUGUGAGUGUAUCUCUCUUUCUUUUUCUUUUCAUGUAUUUUGUAACACAUUCAAGCAAAGGAAUUUCUCCCUGGAAAGAAUAAAUGUGACCUUUACUCUAACAAGACAAUGUUGGUUGUACU